AUGACGCUUACGCCCCAUUGGAGAACAUUCAACGAUGUAUUCGCGAAGGGUCAUCAUGUGAUGAUUUUGAUGCGUGGAGUUCCAGGCAGUGGAAAAAGUCGAUCCCUGGUUUCAAAUCAUGGUGGUGUUGUGUACAGCACGGACGAUUUCUUCGUUCGAGAUGGACAAUAUCAGUUUCAACCGGAAAAGUUGGAGGAGUAUCACAGAAAUAAUAUUUUAAGAGUGAGAGAGGCUAUGGUGGAUGGGAUUAAGCCUAUUAUUGUGGACAAUACUAAUAUAUACUCCAACCACAUGGAACAGUAUACUUUUCAUGCCGUUAACAACUACUAUGAGAUAUUUGUGCUUGAACCAGAGACAUGGUGGAAGUACAAAGCUCAUGAAUGCUUCAUACGCAAUACCCAUGGGUUGGAAAAGGAAAAGAUAGCGUUCAUGCUGAACUCACUGGAGGAACAAGGGAAGCCUCCAUUGUCGCGCUUGGUGGGAAGAGGCCGGCAAGUCAGAUUAGAACCACCUUGCAUUGAAGCCAUAAGUGGCAUUGAUGGGAAAAUCGGCCUGGAUUGUUCUCGAGCUGAUCUGCGAGCUCCCGAUAAUAGUUUCGCUUUCACACUUGAGGUGUCUUCUGAUGAUCGCCCACCUGGAUUAUCUCAGCAGAACUCGUCGAGUUCUUCUGGAUCUCCUUCACCCUCUGCCACAUCUGCACCUUCUUCUUUGCUUUCUCCAAUCUCAUUGGCGGUUGAUCUUCGCUUCACACGUGCGAUCGUUAACAUCACGCUAACAUGUGCCGGAAUAUCAUGCUUUGUCGAUGAUGUAAUCGAGGGCACUUCACAGGAAAUAGAAAGAUUGCGAGAGGGGAAACCUGCAAUGAAAGAUCGCGUCGUCAAGAUGGAGAACAUACCGCAGGUUUCUGAAAUGGAUGUCCUGAUCGCGAUUUUCCCAUACGAAGAAAUUGUGAACUUAACUCACUACUAUCAGGGAGCAUUCGUUGAGGAGCUUGCGGCAGCCGAGAUUAGUGCGACUCGUGUUCAUGCACCGCCGCCUAUAAGUAACUGGCAAAGACUCGCAGAUCAAGAGGAUAUGAAAGGGCUGUCGAUGUCCAAGCCACUGCAACACGUACAAUGUUAUGACGCUUACGCCCCAUUGGAGAACAUUCAACGAUGUAUUCGCGAAGGUCAUCAUGUGAUGAUUUUGAUGCGUGGAGUUCCAGGCAGUGGAAAAUCGUAUUUGGCAAGCACGGACGAUUUCUUCGUUCGAGAUGGACAAUAUCAGUUUCAACCGGAAAAGUUGGAGGAGUAUCACAGAAAUAAUAUUUUAAGAGGUAAUACUAAUUUCUUGGCCGUUAACAACUACUAUGAGAUAUUUGUGCUUGAACCAGAGACAUGGUGGAAGUACAAAGCUCAUGAAUGCUUCAUAUUAGAACCACCUUGCAUUGAAGCCAUAAGUGGCAUUGAUGGGAAAAUCGGCCUGGAUUGUUCUCGAGCUGAUCUGCGAGGUAGUGCAUUGUUAUUAUCUACUUUUAAGGAGUUGAUAGCAGUUGUAGUUCUUCUGGAUCUCCUUCACCCUCUGCCACAUCUGCACCUUCUCUCUUUGCUUUCUCCAAUCUCAUUGGCGGUUGAUCUUCGUUCACACGUGCGAUCGUUAACAGUUCGUGAUAUGUCGACUCAGACAAAUGAGGUUGUUGUCACGCUAACAUGUGCCGGAAUAUCAUGCUUUGUCGAUGAUGUAAUCGAGGGCACUUCACAGGAAAUAGAAAGAUUGCGAGAGGGGAAACCUGCAAUGAAAGAUCGCGUCGUCAAGAUGGAGAACAUACCGCAGGUUUCUGAAAUGGAUGUCCUGAUUGCGAUUUUCCCAUACGAAGAAAUUGUGAACUUAACUCACUACUAUCAGAUGUUGGGUCUGGAUGAAUGUGUGAAGCUGUUCGUGGAACUGGGAGCUUAUAUAGACUGGUCCGCUUCAGUGGUUGAGGGAGCAUUCGUUGAGGAGCUUGCGGCAGCCGAGAUUAGUGCGACUCGUGUUCAUGCACCGCCGCCUAUAAGUAACUGGCAAAGACUCGCAGAUCAAGAGGAUAUGAAAGAUAAGCCCGCUGCAACGCCCACGCAAAUGGACCCUGCAGAAGCAGAAGUCAAGGGGGUCACAGUUACACUCGGAUUGGAUCUGCUCCAAAAGAUGAGCGUCCUUUUUGGAAAUGGAGCUGCGAUCGAACAAGAAUGCAGUGUGCGCGUGCCCCUAUGGAUUCUAGAGCAGCUGUACCUAGUUUGGCGUGGUGAUGAUGGACAAGAGCAUCACAGCGAUGCUCAGUUGGCUGCAUUCCUUCAAGAAGAUGAGACGAACUUUGAGAGUACCGUUAGCAGUCCACACAUCAAGAGAAACUUGACUGUCGCACAGAAACUUCAACUAAACAAGCUCUUGGAAGAGUUUUCGUCAUGUGAUGAUCAAUCUGUGAAACGGAUUUUCGAGGACAAUAAGUACGAUGCAGAAGCAACACGCUCUACCUUGAAUUUUAUGCUAAAUCCGGACAUCGAAAUUGUGGAACAGCCAUUUACUGCAGCAAAUAAUAAGGUAGCUCCUGCAACAACGCCACGUCGACGACCUCCUCCAGAAAUCAGUCUCUCGCUUGCGCAAGAACAGGCAAUCCAGAUUCGAAAAGAAGCUGAUCUCCACGCUGAGAAGCGAUCGCAGGAGAACCAGAAGGCACAGAGGUAUAUACGAAACGGAAUGCCAGCGGCGGCAGGAGCUUUCCAACAAGUAGCUCGAGAGCACGCUUUACGAGAAAAGUGUUUACGUGAAGAGGCUAGCAGGAUCAUUAUAAAAGCCCAAGAACAAUCAAAUGUGCUUGAUUUCCACUUGCUCAGCCAAAAGGAGGCGCUAUCAUUGCUCAGAGAUCGGCUUGCGGUGUUGGAUCGCCCAGAAGCAAAGAGGAAUGGAAGAUCUGAUCGUCGUCUGCAUGUGAUUACUGGUUAUGGUAAAAGUAGCGGAGGAAGAGCUGUGAUAAAAACAGCUGUUGAGUCAUACCUAAGGAACAAAGGAUACUACUACUCAUUUGCUAAUAUGGGAGAGAUUGUGAUUCAAUGCAAAUGA